GGGGAGGGUCAGUGUCACACAGACAAGAGAUUCCAUUUUUUUUUUUUUCUGACAGCCAUACAAGUAAUUAUUUGUUACUAUCACUUUCUCGUAUGCUUACGGCACUUUCUCCCACGCAAAGUUUUAACUUUUUUUCUACCAACAUUACGACUACUUCUUUUCCUCCUAUUUUACCCACUGAUUUUAUCGUUGACCAUUUUAACAGCAGAAUUCAGUCAAGCUCCACUAAAAAAAUAAAAACACUCACAAAAUCUAAUCUGACGAGGGGAAUCGAACAAGAACGCUGCAGUGGCAGAGAGAUAACACGGCUCAGUGCGCUGGCCUCUCACAAACCCCCCGCACAGAGGAAAACGUCUCCCUCUGUGCUUUGUAAAGGUUGCAGGGAGCUGAUUGACAAAGUGUUGAAGCGACACUCCAAAAAGUGGGAGAAGAACGAGGAGAACUACCGGAAUUUUACGUCCAUGCUGAGACGCUCGUGUCGAGGGUUCGAGAAGGCCAUCAUCACACAGUCAAACACGCCGGUGGGAACAAAAAUCGUGUACGAUGCCCAAAGGACCAAAACGCUGCGGGUGACGCCGGCCAUCUUCAAUACGUUCAUCAAGGAGCAUCCGUUCUCCAGCAGGACCUUCUCCACGUGCGCCGUGGUCGGCAACGGAGGCAUCCUGAUGGACAGCGGCUGCGGGAAAACCAUCGACUCGGCUCAAUUUGUGAUGAGGUGCAAUCUCCCACCUUUGAGCGGCGAAUACGGCAAGCACGUGGGCGUCAGGACGGACCUCGUCACGGCUAACCCAACCAUCUUCAAGGACAAGUACAAAUCUCUUUCGGAACGACGGCGGGACGUCGUGGAGAGGCUCCAGAGCUACGGCAAAUCCCUGAUCCUCAUUCCCGCCUUCUCUUUCGGCGUUAACACGCAGGUGUCCCUGCGGGUGGCCUACACCCUGGAGGACUUCGCCAGCCCCUCUCGCGCCGUGUUCUUCAACCCGGACUACCUUCGUAAUCUGUCCCGGUUUUGGGCAUCCAACGGCCUGAAGUCCCCGAGGCUCAGCACGGGCUUGAUGAUGGCCAGCCUGGCUCUGGAGGCGUGUUCCGACGUGCACCUGUUUGGCUUCUGGCCCUUUGGCCACCACCCGUACGGACUCUACACGCUGACCAAUCAUUACUACGAUGACCACAAGGCCAAUCGGCGGUUGCACGCCAUGCCCGUGGAGUUUGACCUGCUGCUCAAGCUGCACAGUCGUGGCGUACUCAAGCUUCACCUCAGACGCUGUCAAACCAGCAAAAAUUAGUUUCGGGAAUGGACCAGGGAAGUAACUCAUUCGCGCGCACAGAAAGCAAAAACAAACAAUGAUGACUGUUUGAUCUUUAAAGGCUAUUCCGAUGAAGAAGAACUGAAAAGAUAAUCCUGACAUUUUGUGAGCUGGAUUAUGUAGUACUUUUCGAGACUAUUAAUAUUCAGCAUUUGGCCAUUGUAGAUCAAAAUGAAUCUUGGUAAACUGGAUGAAACGACUAUCAACUGGAAAUCAGUUUGUCUUCCAACUUUUAGCGAACAAGUAGGAAGGUUUAUUUUGGUUUGGGCUUGAAGGGAAUGAACUACAAUCAAAAUGUAUCGGUCGUUGGGUGUGCUGUCACUGUUGUACUUCUUGCUUUGCACAGAGUAAAAAUAUAA